AUAUUAGCGAUAAAAAUAUCCGAGAAACACAACUCUAGUCUAUUGCAUAUCACGCGGACGCCUAGGGCGUACGUAAAAUUAAAAUGUUGAGCAAAAUCUUUACCACCGUAAAAUACACUUUAGUAUCAGUGAAUUUCUUAUUCCUGAUAACGGGUAUUAUUGUAUUGGCAGUCGGUAGUUCGGUGCAAUCAGCAUACAAUGGAUACCAUCAAUUCUUAUCGGAAAGGUUUUUCUCUCUCCCUGCAUUUUGUGUUGCAACUGGAGUGAUAAUAUUCCUCGUUGCAUUCGCUGGAUUUUAUGGCGCCUUCAUGGAGAACUAUUACAUGAUUAUGGCGUUUGCCGGAGCUAUGGUGCUGAUGUUUAUAUUCCAACUAUCAGCCUGCAUCGCUGGAUACGUGCUGAAAGGCAGCACAGUGGCGCUCGUGCAGCAACAGCUGUUGAACACCAUGGAUGUGUAUGGUUCAAACCUGGAGGUCACCAAGUUAUGGGAUGAAGUGCAAAAUGACUUCACAUGUUGCGGCGUCCUCAACUCCAGCGACUGGUUACCUCAUCUUCAUACAGAAGAAUCCUUCGGUCUGCCCAUCAGUUGCUGCGACCAUGUCUACGGCACCAUUCAAACAUUCAACUGCAACACCACUUUGGCCUAUACCACCGGGUGUUCUGAUGCGUUUGGGAACUGGGUCAAGUCUCAUGCUGCCUCUAUUGGAGUGGCAGGGAUUGUUCUUGUAAUUAUGCAGGCCUUAGCUGUGGUCGGAGCAUUAUGGUUGGCGAACAUCACGAGGCAAGAAAGGCAGUUUCCUUGAGUUGUGUUAAUUAGUUAAUUACAUGUAUAGUACAAGAGAUGUUUAAAUUAAAGAAACCAAGAAAUCUAUAGAGAUCUUUACUUUCCAUAUUUAAGAAUUGUAUUGGUGCUAAUAUUUAAAACGAGAUGAAAUUUUCCAACCCGUAAUGCCUAACUCAAAAUCCAGAAGCUAGUUGUAAAAUGAAAAUAGCAGAACUAUUUAGUCUGCGACAUACCAAAACUGUAAAUUCUGUAGGAGAAUCAACUGUUUUAAUUAUACAUAGUUAAAAUUA